AUGUCCGAGCGCCACUCGGACAGCCCCCGCCGCGACAAGCUUCAGGCAGUGCCAAGGGGGUCACGCUGUGUGUGUCGCCAGCUCCUCCCGAGGAAGCAGGUUCGGGGGUCGAGGAGGUCUUCGUGGACGAGUGUCUGCCCCGACGAGGGCGGUCUCCGAGCGGCAGCAGCUCCCAUCUCGGGGCCCACGCGGCGGUUGGGGGAGCUUCUGGGCAGCUUGGCGGGCGUCCUGAGGAGCUCGCCCCGUGGAGGCUCGGGAGGGCCUUCUCCGGACGUCAGCACAUGCGGCGACGCCGAGCUGCUGGCACCACGUGAGCGGGGGCUCGUCGAUGCGAUGCCGUGGCUGGGAAAGCACACCAGGAGACCAGGCCCCCCCCUCUGGCACCGCCUGGCAGCCGUCCUCCGCCGUGGUGCCGCAGCCCUGGCCGACGCUCGCCGCGGUGCCCGCGGGGGCGCCCGCGGCCUUCGGCCCCUGGCCGGCUGCGGGUGGCGUCGCGUGCGCGCCGCUGGAGGUGCAACGGCUGCAGGAGAGCGGCUGCAGCAGUCGGAGCUGAGGGCAGCGGAGGCGAGGGUCGGCGAGCUCUGCGCCAAGAUGGAGCUGCACCAGCUCAGGAGCGCCGCCCGGGGCGAGGCCUUCGCCAGGGAGGCCCGGGAGCUGCGGUGA